AGUUCACUCAAAACUAUACACAGAGAUGGAAAUAGUCGAAUCUAUAGAAGAGAUUCCAGUGCAAAACCCACAAAUAGAAGAUUUUUCAUGGGCUGACUUAACCUGGACCAAAUUCGGAACAUCUGAGCAUCACGACGAAGUAGCACUGAUUCCAUAUUCAAGAGUCGACGAAUUCAUCAUCGGAGAAUGCUCAAACGCAGAGUGCCCUACACGAUUUCACAUCGAAAGAGGAAGAAAACGCUCUCGAGGCAGUCUCAAAGAGUACAAGAGCGAUGAGUAUUUGGAAUAUAGACUGUAUUGGUGUUCUUUUGGUCCUGAGAACUAUGGAGAAGGUGGUGGUGUUUUACCCAGUAGAAAAUAUCGUCUCAACACUAGAAAUCGAGCUGCGAGACCUCAAUCUAUGAGAGGAUGUACAUGUCAUUUUGUGGUGAAACGACUCUAUGCUCGUCCUUCACUUGCGCUUCUUAUAUACAAUGAGAGACGACAUCUGAACAAAGCUGGGUUUGUUUGUCAUGGACCUCUUGAUAGAGAUGCUAUUGGUCCUGGUGCUAAGAAGAUUCCUUAUAUAUGUAAUGAGAUUCAGCAGCAAACUAUGUCUAUGAUCUAUCUUGGGAUUCCUGAAGAAAACGUUUUGGAGAAACAUAUUGAAGGGAUUCAGAGGUAUUGUGGUUCUGAUGCAACUGUCGAUAGUCUUGCCUCUCAGUAUGUUCAUAAACUUGGGAUGAUUAUCAAACGUUCCACUCAUGAGCUGGAUUUAGAUGAUCAAGCGAGUAUCAAGAUAUGGGCUGAGCGCAACAAGAAAUCAAUCUUCUUUUAUCAGGAAUCUUCGGAAACGGAUCAGUUCAUGCUCGGGAUUCAAACGGAGUGGCAGUUGCAGCAGCUUGUGCGUUUUGGGCAUUGUAGUCUUAUUGCAGCUGAUUCGACAUUUGGGAUAAAGAGACUUAAGUAUCCUCUGUGCACGCUUCUUGUAUUUGAUUCAAGACAUCAUGCUCUCCCCGUUGCUUGGAUUAUCUCGCGUAGCUAUUUGAAAUCUGAUGUUGAGAAGGACACAUUUUGUUGCCCCAUUCUUUUCUCUCUCUGGCGUGUUCGUAGAUCCUGGCUUCGGAAUGUUGUGAAGAAGUGCGAUAGCCUUGAGGUUCAAAGAGAUUUAUUCAAAUGUUUAGGAGAACUCGUGUACAGUAUUUGGGAUGGAGUAGAUACAAAAAAGGCUUUAGAAAGGUUAACUCAGGAUUUUGUUGAUCAAACCGCGUUCAUGCAGUAUUUCACAUCCACUUGGUUGCCUAAAAUAGGAAUGUGGCUCUCAGCUAUCAAAAGUCUUCCACUUGCAAGCCAAGAAGCAUGUGGUGCGAUAGAAGCUUACCAUAUCAAGCUUAAAGUAAAAUUGUUUGACGAUACACACCUCGGUGCCCUUCAGAGAGUAGAUUGGUUGGUACACAAGCUGACGACGGAACUCCAUUCGAGUUAUUGGCUUGAUCGGUAUGCUGAUGAAAGUGAUUCUUUCCAAAAUGUUAAAGAAGAAUACAUUGCUUCUACUUCCUGGCACAGGGCGUCAGAGAUUCCAGAAUCUGCUGUUACACUAGACGAAAGUAACGUCCUUGUUGCAAAGGUUCAGUCUCAGAGAGAUAGCGAUGUAACACGAGUUGUGUGGAACCCAGGUUCGGAGUUUGCCUUCUGUGAUUGCGCUUGGUCUUUGCAAGGAAAUUUAUGCAAACACAUCAUAAAGGUAAAUACAAUGUGUGAAAACCGCAAAGGAUAUGGUGACUCAAUGUCUUUGCGUUCGUUCAAAGAGAAACUGAGAAACAUAAAGAUGAAACCUAUGGAUGACUCGAUAGCCUUGGAUCUCUCAAUGGCAUUGACCCUGCAGAUGUUUGAUCAGAUAAAGCAGUUGGUGCAAUUAAGCGGAACAGAUAAUAUCAGCAAGAUAGUCAAUGAUAUGCCAGUGAAAUGGGGUUGUAAGAAAGGCCGAACAACCAUAGGCAUUCCUGCAUCUAUUGCUGCCUUUACCAAGAAAAGGAUUCAGAAACGAAAGCGAUAAGUCAGAGAUGAGAUGAGAAGUGGUAGCAUAGAUCUUGUAUUGGCAUAUAAGAACACGUCAGGUUCUUGCGUAGCUUCAGACUUAGAAAAUUCAUAGACGGUUAGCUUUAGUUAUAGGUUCUUGAUAGCAGCCAUUGCUUCUUCGUUGCUUUUUGCAAGUGUAAAUCCUCUAGGUUAAUUUCAUUGCAAUAUAUUCAAGUUUUGGAAGAAAAGGAUUUUAUAAGC